GUUGAAGAGAUACAGAGGGCUUGUCGUGGCAACCAUAGUAUCAUUGUUCGUCAUUUGAUAGCCCGGCUGCCUCCAGCCCGCCUCAAGCAGCACAGAUCUCUGCCUCUGCUGACCGACGUGACGCGCGGAGGAUGCCUUGGCCUUGCCGUGUGUUAUUAUUGGAGCUCACCAGCUGAGCCACCUUGUGCGGGAGGCAGAUCGAGUGGCGAACAGCAGAUCUUGGACAGCCGAGCCUCACUCCGAGCCCUCCGUCUUUCUCCUCAGUGUCAUACGAGGUGUAUUGCAAAAUGAGGUGAGUGAGUGAGCGACACCUGCGUGACGUUGGCGUAGGACCCAUCUGCCAUCGUCUUCGGACGUCGUGUGAUGUGUGUGUGUGUGUGUCAGUGGUCCUGCUCCAGUGGCGAACAGCAGAUCCACCACAACAACCGACUCGCUGGAUGAGGCCGACACCAACGGCGAGACCGACGCCGGCCACAUGUACAGCCAGCUGCUGCCUGCAGACCUGCGGACGGGUGCCGGCAUCUUGUUGGUCUGCAUCUUCAACGAAGAGCCCUAUGUGCUGCUGGCACUCAACACAGAAUCUGACAAGUGGAGUGACUUUGGAGGUAGGAAUGGGCCGAGGGGAGGGAGACUGGGCAGAUGUGUGUGACAAUCAUUGUUGCCUCGCCUCGCCUCCCCUCUCUGCUGUGUGUGUGUGUUGUGUGCAGGGAAGAAGGGGCCCCAUCAGGCCACGCAUCUCGAAAUCGCAUGUGCUGAGCUCACCCAGCAGACCUCCGGCAGCCUCUCCAUGACACCAUCGGCACUCAGCGCGGCCGUGCGACACGACCAGGCCACCCCGUUCCCUUUGGGCCGCCGAUCAGGCGACCAGCACUCACCGGCCGACGUCACCUCCACUGCCUAUGUGUGUUUUGUGGUGCCCUGGCAGUGCGGCACCGCCACACUCGGCCAUGCCAGCAUACACGAUCUCACAACAGCCCUCACGAGUCGUCUGCGGGAGGGGGACGGCGGCAGCCACACCAGCAGAAUCGUCGCCAUUUCCGUUGGGACCUUUCGCAACAUGCUGCUGGGGGAUGAUGCGGAGGAUCAGGACAUGGACGAAGUGGAUGCCACCGGCACCCUCCGGGACCACCUGUAUCGCCUGGGGGGCCGGCUCGCGGAGGCGCUGGGGUCAAUCGUCCAGUGUGGCAAGUAUGUGCCCUGUGAGAGUCUGACGUGUGUGGUGGGCGUGUCGAGUGCUGGGGAUGAGCGUCAGAUAUGGCAGCAUUGCGUCACGCAGCCAACCCUCGCCCGCAUCCUCAGCUCGUUGAUGCAGCACGUCCCUGCAGGGUAAGCAAAGCGGGUGCAGCAUCACAUAUGUACCUAAAUCACCGUCUGUGGUCUGUCGUGUCUGUGUGCAUAAUUAUGUCAGCAAGGGAAUGCUGGCUGUGAGGGUUGUGGUUCAGCACAAGCUCCUGAUGGCGCUGGCGCGUGACGACAGCAAGCAGCCAAGUGUGUCGUUUGAGGAGAUAGGUGCGGCGGCGAGUGUGGCGGGCUGCCAUGGUGAGGCCAUCGUCAGCGGAUGGAAGAGCGUCCCGCCAUCCUCACUCGCACUCGCAGGUCAGUCAGCACUGGGUGGGGUGGCUGAGUGAGUGAGUGGAUGACUGGGCAGGGCAGAUUGGGGCAUCGUUUCUACGUUCUGUGUGUGCCUUCAAUGCAGGUGGUGGUGGUGGUGAGGGUGAGGGUCUGACUCUGGAGCCCUCCCAGGCCUUGAUCGAGCUGCUGACGGCACUGGUGAGGGAUAAAGCCCAGCAGAUGGCCCGGCGGGCCAUGUCACGGCGCAUCAAAAGCGAGGAUGACAUGCGCAAACACGCCAGCCCCGCUCUUCGGCCAUCAGUGCCACAGCCGCACAGCACCCCGCCAUACACGGAGCUGCAGCCCGGCUCGCCCAGCUAUGCGGAGCUGCUCCGACUGGCAGAGAUCCGCGAGUUCCCGCACCGACCAAAAGUGUACCAGGUGGGGUGCGCUUGACAGCCACAGGACCGUCCAGUGAUUGGUCUUGUCUUCGUCUCUGCUCAGGUCAACAUGCCCGCUCGCCGAAGCGGUUUCCGUGCGUAUCAUGAGGCAAACAACAGCAUUGUCCUAACGGCCUUCGUAAGCUACCAGCCAAGGACGGCAGGGGGAUAGAGCCGACACAAUCGGCGAUGCCUCUCUGUCUCUCUGUGUGUGCUGUGUGUGUGUGUGUGUGGACUGUGUUUGUCAGUACGGCUGUGUGUCCAUCGACGAGGCACUCAUUUUGGCAGAGGACGGGCCCGACGUCAGCCUCGCGACCGACGACGUCAUCGAGGGAUUCUUCGCGCUCUGCCUGCCGUCGGUCGUCUCGGAGGACAUCUGCCUUGUCCUCUCCAUCGCACCAGGACACGCCUAUCAGGGCGUCCCCCACACUCGCACCCUGGCGGCCCUGCAGGCCCAUGGGUGCGGCAGCGUGCAGACCAACAUCGGAUUCUACCUCGUCCACAAGGAGCAGGUGGGUAUCAUAUAGACGGGCACACCACAUGGGACCCACACCACCCGGCCGUGCCAUUUUCCUGCCAACAUAUAUUGGGUUGAGUUUUCAGGUGUGUGUGGACUACCUCAUCGUCAAGGACCCAUCGAGCUGCGAGACUUUCCCCGACGCCCUGCAGCCUCCCCCCGAGGAGUCUCGGGCAUCCGAGCUGUGGCGGGCGUGGCAUCAGGCGGAGCGACGCCGUCAGGGACACGCCAACAAGGCGGCCUCCAACAAGGACAUCUACAGUGCGUGUGAGCAGGAGGUGCAGGACAUCCUGGCGCAGGUCGACGGGGCGGCAUCAUCUGGUGGUGGCGGUGGGCUGAUGCAGCAGGCUCGCCUGCUGGGCGGGCUGUGGCGCCGGCUCGAGUGGGCCGACAAGCACUACCUCGUCCAAUCCUUCCCUGCCAUGCGGAAGAAGACCGAGUUCGACGCCUUCAUGAACCACUCGUCGCGCAAUGUUUGCGUCAUUACCGCGGCCACGGGCAUCGGCAAGACUGUGGUGGUGCCACAGUGGACCCUCUCAUGGCUGCAGACCCACCGGCCAUCCGCCCUGACCGGCCCUGAGAAGGGCAGCAAGAAGCGUGUGGUGGUGCUGGUGCCUCGUCGGGAGCUCGCCAAGGAGCAAAGCCGCUUUGUGGCCGAGCUGCGAGGCGUCGGCCAUGGACCUGGUGGCGAGGUGGGCUACGCCAUCGGCUCACACCCCUACUACGACAACGAAACAUCGCUCCUCUACGCCACGAGCGGGUAUUUAUUUUUUGCCCGGCAUGUUUGUAUCUGCACAUGUAUCUUGGUGUGUGUGAGCAUGUCAUGCUGGCAGGUACUUCUGGCGGCUGACGUCGUCGUCCAGCCCCCAGCAGCUUGCGGCGGACUGGGCAGCUGUCAUAGUCGACGAGGUGCACGAGCGGUGCCCCCAGAGUGACAUGGUCAUCCACAAGCUGCGGUCGCUCAAGUAUGAGCUGGGCGACGAUGCGCCGGUGGUCAUCCUGCUGAGUGCCACCAUCGACAUCGACUCAUAUCGGUCCUUCUUUGAGGAAAGCGACGUGCCCUUUAGUGCUAUGGAAUGGGUUAGUGAGGGUGGGAGGGAGGGAAGCAAAGGCAAUAGAAACCAUGCAUGGGUCUGGUCUGCGGGAGAGCUGUCUUGCGUGUCUUGGUUGUAUGUGUUAAUGUGUGUUGUGUGUUGUGCAGCAAGACAUGGACACGGUGUUCCCGGUGGACGUGCAGUAUAUGCCCAUCCCUGAGGUCAAGGCGUGCGAGAAGACACGAGACGAGCUGCAGAAACAAGUGACUACAAAACCUCCACAACACGAGAACCAUCCACAGACCAUUCAUUUAUGUGUGUGUCGACAGGGAUACUUCCACGGCUUCGCUCAAGCGGUCGUCCAGGCCAUCCGCAAGGCGCCGGCACUGGUCGACUCCACACACACCACCCCCUCUCGCCGCGCCCCUCGCCGUGGUUGCUUGGUCUUCGUCGCCACGCGCCCACAAGCGGAGACCCUGUGUGUGGCGCUGCAGCUGGCAUUGCGUCAGGAAAAGGACCUGUUUGCUGAGGUCAUGCCGUUCCACGCAGGCAUGGACAGCCUCGACAAACAACAGGUAGGUACGAGCGGGCCCGUAGGUGGAUCGGAUCGUCCGUGGAAUUCGCUCUCCCUUGGCCGUCCCGUGCAGGUGUUUGAGGAGGGCCCCACGCAGUCGGGCAGCGGGCAGGCCUGGCGGAUUGUGGUGGCCACGACCAUCGCCGAGUCUGGGCUGACGCUGCCGCAUCUCGAGCUGGUGGUCGACUCAGGCAGAAAGUUCGUCAACGCCUUCGAUCCCUCCCGACAGAUGUUCAUCCGAGGGUUUCAAUGGAUAUCCAAGGUGAGCCCACACGCACACCUUCAUCCGGCCGUUACUGUCCUCAGCCACACCAAUCACCGUGUUCUGUGCGUGUGGUCAUUAGGCGUCGGCCGUUCAGCGUGCAGGUCGAGCUGGUCGCCUGAAGCCGGGUACGAGUGUCCGUCUGUUCAGCGAAACGCAGCUCGAGAACUUCCAGGCACGCUGCCCACACCCACAAGGACACACAUGCAUACAGAGUGUCAUAGGAUUGCAUGCGACCCAUGUCUGCAGAUGUACGACGACCCUGACAUCAGCCAGUGUGAUCCAUCUCAGUUUCUCAUUAGCGAGCUGGGCGCCCGGGGGCCAGGCGGUCGGCUGCCACAUGCCCAUCGAGCAGAUCUUUGCCAAACUCCCCUACAACAUCCCUCGCGACGGCCUGUGGACGACGCUCAAGUGCCUGGUCGACUUGGGAAUGGUGACGCAGGACAUCCAUAUGGGCACCAUUGCCCUCAGCGAGCUGGGCAGGAGCAUCCACAACCUCCCCGUCGACCCCCGAUGGGCCGGCUGCAUCCUCUGCGCACACUCACACGGCUACCUGUCGCCCAUGGUGAGGGUGGCCUGCCUCGGAGACCCACUUUCGUUCGACCGGUCCCUCAAGACCGCCAGGCGACUCCGCGACAACGGCUCGAGCUUCGACGACGGCGUGAGGGGCCUGGCGGACUUCGAGACCGUCCUGGCACUCUACGAGUCGUGGGAAGAAGGCAAGGUCUCCGCCGAGCAGCUCGGCGACCUCGUGGGUGACUUCGACAAGGCAAGCCGCCCACAACACAGACAUCCAUUCUCUGGCUUGCUGCUCACGUCUGUCCUUUCCAUCUUCGUGUGUGUGCAGGUUGAGAGUGCGGCGCGAAACAUCGAGGCGACCAUCUACCGCUCCCACGGCUACAUUGAGCCCCAGGGGCACACCGACCGGCUGACCUGUCUCCGCCACGCCUUCUUCAAGGGCUUCUCAGACCAAGCCUGCUACCCGGACGGGGACGAGGUGCGGCUCGUGCGGCCGCGCACCCACUCCCUCCGCGUGACCCUCGACAAAUCCCGAACAACACGAGUGUGGUGCGUGACCGACACCAUCUACCUCUACACCUUCUUGACGGGCUUCCGCUCCUCGUCCGGCCCCGCCGAGAUGGUCACCAGCGCAGUCGCGAGCGGACUCGUGGCGGUGCCAGCACAGGUAGCUGAUUCGUGAGCACACGUCACGCGUGCAUGCAUGUGCAGAUCCGAUCCCAUAUUUGGUUCUUUCCUCCCUCUCUGUGUGUCUUGGUAAGUGGGUGGAAGACGCCGCAUCAGCAGCGGGAUGGUUUGACGACUGCAAGCGGGUUUUGGCUAGACGACGCGACACCGAGCAGCUUACCUUUGACGUCCCCUUCCAGUCUGGUCCACCUGCUGGCAGGGUCCCGCUGUUCCUGAAACACAAGGUAGGGAGGCCAUCACACGAGAGAGAGAGAGAGGGGAAGGCAACCACGAAUUCUCAUCCCGGUUGUAUGUGCCUCCCUCUGUGCAGCUUCCUCUCAUCCAGCGUGAUUUCGCCUUCGUCAAGAUCCAGAAACCGACCCUGGUCCCCAACAGCAACCACGCCAUGCCGACCUUUCAUGUGACGGCCCCUCGGGCGGCCCAAGCCGCGGUCACACAGCGCAUCACUCGCGACAUGGACAGCCUCGCGCUGGCGGUGUCGAGGGUCCCUUGGAGCGAGGCCACCGUCGACCUGGCGGGGCUGCGUCAGAUCGAGGACACACUUGUGGAUGAGGCCAACCGGCUGCUGGAGCGGAGCAAUAUCGAUCCAUAUCGGCUGACGGUCAGCCAGACACAGAUACAGACACCUAUCUGCAUCCAUGGCGAUCCCUGCCUCUGAUGGAUGCGUGUGUGUAGGUGAACGGAACUCCAUUGAACCACGCCUGGCACCACAUGACGGACCUCUGUGUGCGGUCAAUCAAGCUGGCGCUGCCCUACCUCAAGCGCCGCGCUGAGCGAAUGCUAAGCGCACACACAGACACACACGCACACACACACACACACGCGCACAGAGAGAGAGAGAGAGAGGGAAAGAUUGUGUGUGCCCUCCUCUAUGUGUCGCGCAGCUGGCCAGCCGGGCCCCCAUAUAUAUAUCAUCGCCCACCCUCCGCCCCCUCGAUGGCGGGCAGGAGAGCCCUGAGGAGUCCUGGCGUCGUGCGAUGCUGUGUGACGGGCUGAGGAGCUCUGCGGGCAUGCGCGACGACUCGGGCUGGGGCGACUCGGAGGAGGCUCGUAUCAUGGCCUGCAUAUCCCACUUCAUCUCGCACCACACGCAAGUAAGCACAUGAGACGAGACGUGUGAGCGAAUGGGUCUGUCAACGGGUGGGUGCAUGGGGGGAGUGUCUGUGUGUGUGGUUUGUUCAGUUGUUUGUGUAUGGCGACUUUGUCGGGCGGUAUGUCAUUGCCGGCGAGCACCCGGGAACCACACUGACCAUCGGCUUCGACACCCAUCACGGCAAGCCGCCCAACCCCACUCUCUCACCCCCUGUGGGAUCUGCCGAGGACGCCAUGGAGGAAUGGAGUGAGCACUAAAUGAGGCGCACACAGGGGGAGGGACCAAUGCGAGCAGCGCAACACCUUCUCCCUCUGCCGUGUGUUCUCAUCUCAGAUCGUGUGGUGGAUUGGGCGUCGAGCAACGAUGUGUUUCGCGUAGACGAGAUGAUGCGCCGCGGCCGACACACGGACGUCUUCCACGUCACGGACCCCAUCCGGCCGCUCCCUCUCCAUCCACCUCACCAACUGCGCAUCGCUGCGCGACGAGUGCGGGCACCCCGAAACAGAAAUCCAGGCGCUGCAGCUAGGGAGCGAUGGGCGUGUGGCGCUGCGUGUUGGUGACCCCUCUGUGGUCGGCGUGUGCGGGUGUCUGAGUGAGGUGCUGGCACGUGUGCGAGUCAAGUGUGUGAGGGUGGUGAAUCCGAUGGUGUUUGGUGGGCAGGAGGGGCGGGAGAGAUGGCAAGCACGGGGGUGGACAGUAGAGUAGAUGAGAUGGGCAGGGGUGGAAUUGGAAUUGGGGGUCAGGGCUGACACUGGUCUGAUAUUGUAGCUGGCUCUCUGCCUCCAUUCAUUCACUCAUUCAUUCAUUCAUGCAUUCAUUGGGGUAUGACGUCUGGAGGGCAUCCCUCCACCCAUCCGUCUCUGCCUUGCUGCUUGGAGCUCGUCUGUGGGGCCUCUCCCGCUCUGUCGGUGCUUGUGCGUACGUUCGUGCGGUGCGUCCAUAUGGGUGGGUGGGUGUAUACAGUGACAUUUAUACACUUCCGCGCCUCCCUAUGUAUGUCUUGACAUUCAUUCGUUCAUUCCAUCUAGCUAUAUAUCUCCGCGUAGAUAGAUAGAUAUAUAUGUAUGUGCAUACGACGACCGAACAAAUGAUUCGUACAUACGUACGUACGUACGUACGUGUGUCCAUGUACGUAUUAUGUAUACAUUGUGUGUACGGGUGUUUUCCUUCGUGUUUCUUUAUUUGUACGGAUUGAUUCCAAUGGAUUGAUUGAUGCGUGCUGUGUGUGUGUGUCCUGGAUGGACGGAUGGAUGGAUGGAUGAAUGGAUAGAUGGAUCUCCCUCGCUGUCCUUGGAGCAAGAUGUUUUAUCCGGG